UUUUUAUAUUUAACCUAAUAUUUUAAAUUCAAUUGCGCGUUCGAUUCACAGCAAGUUUUUAUAUUUUAUCAACAACGCAAUAUUUAAUUCACAACGUGAAUAAAAAGAAUACAAGGAGGACAUAUUAUAAUUAUUUUACCAACUUUGGCUCAGCGCAAUCAGCAAGCGUUUUUAAUAGCGGCGACAUCAAACACGUUUACUAUAACAUUUACCAAGCAGUCAAAAUACGUCUGCGACGCCUCGCGCGCCUCUUUCAUGUCGAAUUCGCGAACUUUUGACCUCUACCUGAGGAUACCGACAGGAGGCAGGGCAGGUAGGUGGAGACCUAAAGCAAAUCCGACGCACACCUGGACACUUUUAACUUUGCACUCGUGCUUGUACAAUCUCGCCUUUUCAUUCAUCCAGCUCAAGCCCAUCUCAUGGAUCGCAGCGCGGGGACUGAUAACCCGCAAUCCCGCGAUACCGCAGCGGACGGCCGGGGUGCCGCGGAUGGAGGAGCCGCUCCAGCGCCAGAAAAGCCUCCUUAUUCGUACGUGGCUCUCAUUGCAAUGGCCAUCAGAGAGAGCGAGGAGAAGAAGCUGACCCUGAAUGACAUCUACAGCUUCAUCAUAUCCAAGUUUCCGUACUACGAGAAGAACAAAAAAGGGUGGCAGAACAGCAUCAGGCACAAUCUGAGCCUCAACGAGUGCUUCGUGAAGAUUCCCCGGGAGAGCGGCGGGGAACGGAAGGGGAACUUCUGGACGCUAGACCCAGCGUUUAGCGAUAUGUUUGAGAAGGGUAAUUACAGGCGCAGGAGGCGCGUUAAGAGACCCUACCGACCGCCACCCUUACCGUCUGGAUUUAACUUCGCCGACUCGUACUGCCUGCAACAGGAGCCCGUUUAUUGGCAAAGCCCGUUCGUCAACACCGGCUCCUGGAGUCACCAGUCCAGCUCUCCGACGCACAUCUCCGGUUACCUGCAGCCCAUGCUUGGUAACGCGCGCCCUCUGUCUCCAAACGAUUAUGCCAACUCUCCCGUGAGUUAUUACCACGGUCAACACCAUCACCUUCACCCGUCCUACAGACCGUACCACCGGCAUCCGAACGCUCUGGUGCCUCUAAGCGGCAUGACUCCUCCGGUGAGCCCCGGCGGAAGCGCCAUCUCCGCCUGCAGCUACCCGCCGCACACCGGCCAUCCCGAACCGGGGCACCAUCCGUACGACUGACGGACAGACACGUGAAAACUGAAUAGAAGUAGGCUAAAAAUUUCAUUCGGAUCUAGAUACGCCGUUCUUGUUUCGUUAACCUUUGGAAAUGUUAAGCGUGCCGUUUCAAGUCAGACCGGCUGCUUGAAAUUAGGUCGAAAUGUUGCAUUCACUGCAUCGGUUUGUUCACUGUGACUAAUGGCUUUACAGUCGUGUUCUGUGGAUGUUCACGAAUGAAACAUUGUUACACUGUUAAACUAGCCCGAAUGUUCACUUAAAAAGUCAAGAGACGAAGAGAUGUUCAAACGCACUUGAUUGUUGGCAGGUUGUCAGUGUCCAAACUUUCCAUAAAUUUCAGCUAAUGUUUAGAAAGCGCCAAGAUAGGGUACAUGAGCAUAUUUAUUUUUUUGCCGUGCAUUGGGAUUGAAAUAAGGAUCUUAAAGUGGAUGUGCGGUUUGCAAACCGUUUAAAAAUGUUUUGAUAUAUUUCAUUUGGUAGAAACUCUUUGCACAAGUUGAUACAACAGUUCUCUAAGUGUAUUUUGUUAAAACAAUGUUUUGUAUAUUGAAUGGACAUGUUCAGUGUCUGCAUUUCUGGAGUCUGACAAUAUUUUUAUAUGUAAAUGUUUAUAACCUGUUCGAUUUUUUUUCUCAUAAAAUUCUGAUAACUAGUCUCA